CCCAGCCCGGUGGAGGCCGCGGGGUCCGGCCCGGCCCAACCCCGUCUGAGGCGGCUCCAGAGCCGGGAGUGACGGGGCGGCUGGGCCGCUGCCAUGGAGCUGCCCGCUGUCAACCUCAAGGCCAUCAUUCUGGUACACUGGCUGCUGACAGUGUGGGGAUGCAUGAAUUACAUGUUUCCAGCCUCCUAUGCCUGGGGAAAUUUCAGUGUCCUCGCUGUGGGGAUCUGGGCCAUUGUGCAGAGAGAUUCCCUUGAUGCCAUCAUGAUGUUCCUGGCUGGCCUGCUGCUCACAGUCCUCACAGACAUCAUUCACAUCUCUGUCUUCUACCCUCCAAACAACCACCUGACUGAUGAGAAACGUUUCAGUGCAGGCAUGGCCAUCUUCAGCCUCCUCCUCAAACCUGUCUCCUGCUACCUGUUGUACCGGAUGUACCGGGAGCGUGGAGGGGAGUACAGCCUGACCAUAGGUGUCCCCCAUGCAGGUCAGGAUCGCAGUGCCUACGAGUCAAUUGAUCAGCAGGAUGCCCCUCCACAGUGGCCUAACUCCAGCAAGACACCCCCCCAGCCCUUCUGAGCCUUCCCUUACCCAGGCCAGCUCUUCCCACCUCCCUUCUGAUGGAGCAAGUCCUGCUGCUGAGCAGUCAGGAGAGCAUCUGUUUUUUCUUUGGCUUCCCUGAACGUCAGGCAGAUGGGUUCCUGCAGUAAGUCCAGAAGAUCUGGGAUGUCAUGUUCAGCACUGUGACUCUUUGUGAGCCCUGUACUGUCCUCUGAAACCCUCCCUGAGUGUGUGUGAGUGUGUGUGAGUGUGUGUGAGUGUGAGUGGCUGCCCUUCCAAGCUCUGUACUGUGCAUCCUCUCUCUUGCAAGCAAGGGAACCACUCAAUAUUCCUUGACAAGGAAAGGCUUAUGGACUGCCCUUAAACAAAACAGUUUGGCCUGCCAUGCAGCUGCAUUUCCAGGAAACAUCUGGGAGUUCCUGAGAGCUGGUUCUGAUGGUAUUAUUGAACUAAGAUUUAGGACCUUAAGUUCCUGUGCUACUGGGGUAGUUUGCACAAAGCUGGGGUUGGUGUAAAAUGCCCUUGCUGGGCCAGGGAGCUGCUUGUGCUCCCAGUAUCUUGUCUGGUGUUUUAUUCACUGAUGCUUUUGUGCAAGUUGAAUGUCCUUCAGGAUAUUGAAAAUGGCUGUGGAAUGUGGAUUAUAGAUACUCUGUGCCUUGAAAUGCCUUUUUGCCUUCAGCUGCCUAUCUUAACAGAACUUGAAAUGUUUAUGUUUUUGUAAGUAAACUAUAAAAUGAACACAGCAUUUCUGUGUUAGAAAAAGUUA